AGAGGGGGAGAGCUGCGGAUCCAAACAGUGAGGACUUGGCAGGCAGAUAGAGCAGUGUGUGUGUGUGCGGAGAAGUUGGGGUUUAAAAGUGCAAGUCGUCGGUGCAGUUUCAUUUACACCAGGUUCACCAUCACUAACCAAAUAACUUGGAAAACAAUCAAGAGAUUUACUCUGUUUUGGCUCCAGGUGCGUUGACGCGUGCGCGGACCUGUUGGUGUGACCCUCGAGACGCUCAAAGUUUUGGAUAAACUCGCGCAAACUUUUGCAAGGCAAUGCAGAGAAAGCUGUGUGGACAUGAGUCAGUGAGAGGGUGAUGUGACCCUGCGUAAACUCCAGUGACCACCUCUCUCCGUGUCUCAAACACACGUGAAACAGCGGCGGCAGCAGCAGCAGCGCGUCCAUGUCCAGGGCUCCAGCCAGCAUGACUCUGUCCGGCGGUUUGUCGGAUACUUGUCAGCUCAUUUUACGCGACCGCAUGGAGCCGGAGCUUCUGUGGAAGUAGGUACUUCCAUCCAUGCUUUCUGGGGAAUAGUCAGCUGCAACACGUUGCGAAGCGAACACGAGCUACCGUGCACACUUUGGAGAGAGCUACGAUGCGGGGCACUUUGGGCGCAUUCAUUCAGUCCUGUGUGAUACUACUGGUCCGGGCAGACCAGUGGAGGUUGAAGGACUCCGACAACUGCGAGCUGAACAAGAAACAAACUGACCUAAACUCCUUCCUGUGGACGAUCAAACGGGACCCUCCCUCAUACUUCUACGGUACAAUCCACGUCCCCUACACACGUGUCUGGGACUUCAUCCCUGAAAACUCCAAGCAGGCCUUCCAGGAGAGCAACAUCGUCUACUUUGAGCUGGACCUGACCGACCCUUACACCAUCUCGGCCCUGACCAGCUGCCAGCUGCUUCCUCAGGGCGAGAACCUGCAGGAUGUCUUACCCAGAGACAUCUACCGGAGACUCAAAAGACACCUUGAGUAUGUAAAACUCAUGAUGCCUUCGUGGAUGACCCCGGAUCAGAGAGGGAAGGGGCUCUACGCGGACUACCUCUUCAAUGCCAUCGCUGGGAACUGGGAGAGGAAGCGACCCGUUUGGGUGAUGCUGAUGGUGAAUUCGUUAACCGAGGCAGAUAUUAAGACGCGAGGGGUGCCGGUGCUGGACUUGUACCUGGCCCAGGAGGCGGAGAGGAUGAGGAAGAGGACGGGGGCUGUGGAGAAGGUGGAGGAGCAGUGCCAUCCGCUCAAUGGGCUCAACUUCUCCCAGGUGAUCUUUGCCCUGAACCAGACGUUAUUACAGCAGGAGUCUUUAAGAGCAGGAAGCCUACAGGUCCCGUACACCACCGAAGACCUCAUCAGGCACUACAACUGUGGAGAUCUCAACUCCAUCAUCUUCAAUCAUGACACAUCACAGGUCCCUAACUUCAAUAACGUGACGCUGCCACCCAGCGAGCAGGUGACCGCCCAGGAAAUAGACAGCUACUUUCGACAGGAACUCAUCUACAAGAGGAAUGAGAGGAUGGGGAAGAGGGUCAAGGCGCUGCUGGAGGAACACCCUGAUAAGAGCUUCUUCUUCGCCUUUGGAGCAGGUCACUUUCUCGGCAACAACACAGUCAUUGAUGUGCUUCGCCGCCAGGGAUAUGAGGUGGAGCACACCCCUGCUGGGCAGCCCGUAAACAGGAGAUCAUCAUCCAGGCCCGACUCGCCAGGGUCAGAAGACCACCACGACGAGUCCCCUCUCCUGGAGCCUUUCCUCCACGAGCUCCCCCACAAAGAGGACGAUCAGGGGCGUCCCCUGGAGGAUGACCUGCUACCCCACAUGCUUCUGCCGCCAGAUAGCCUGGAGCUGCUGGAGAAAGCAGAGAGGAAAAUGCUGAAGAAAAAGAGGAGGAACAAGCAAAAGAAACAGCGGCACCGGCAUUUUAACGACCUCUGGGUUCGCAUCGAGGAGAGCUCUAUGGUCCAGUCUCCGCCUCCCCCACUGGUUCGCAUCAUCAAUGGUUACAUCACAGUGCAGCCACCUGACAGAGUCCACAGCCACCACAACUACCACCACGUAUCUUCAGCACCGACCACCUCCUCGUUCUCACCAUCUUUACUCGUCUUCCUCUGCACAUUGUUGACAGUGAUCCCACAGACAUGGACUGCGCUCCUUUAGUAGAGUAUCAAGUGGGACUAUAUAAACUCUCACAUGUGGUUUCAUGUGUCAGCGCAUGUAAAGCGAGGUCUGGCGAUGCGUCGUGAGACCUAGAGGAGGCUGCGAGAGUGUGGAGACUCCCAGAGACUUUAAUGAAAAAAAAGCAUGGAGAAAGGAUGUGAAAUCAGCUCUAGCUGUCAGGUAACAGUACACUCCACAGGUGUUAGGUAACAUAACGUUUGUGUUGAAUGGUAAAUCAUGUCAAUAGAGCAUGACUCUUACAAAGUGAGGCCUCGAAGAGCAUGUAAGUUCAUAAAGGUUUCUUGGAACAUAAAGGUUUCAUGAGGUUUUAGUUAGCAGGAGCGGGUACACAGAAUGCAGCAGGAAAGAAAAGCGAAAGCUCACAAACAGGAAGUGUUAUCGGGCAUCUUGCUGACAUUACACAACAUGUCAGUUCCCUUAUGAAUUACAGUGUUACAAAAGACACACAACAUUCAAACCUCUGAGAAUAUGAGCUCUCACUGAGGCGACUGUUUAGUGAAUGAACACGAGAACAUUGCUGAAUAUCAAAUACCUUCAGUAAGUACACCUGGAACCAUAUGGCCUUUGUGUGUGUGUGCGCGCGAAUGUGUGAGUAAAAGAGAGUGUGUGUGUGAGACAAACAAUAUGUCUAUCAGCUCUUAACCUCCCCCCCCCCCCCCCCCCCCCC